UACAGGUCAAGUAAACCUUGACACUGCAAACUUUAAUCUUUAAACACUUCAGCAGGAAGCGGUUGUGUGCGUAUAAUCAAGUCGUGGUAGGAUCCGACUGAUGCAUGAUCGUCGUAAUGGUAUAGUGAGUGGUGAGAUUUGAACAGUAUAGUUUGACGAGACGACCAACAAAGCAGGGAGGCACGCAGGAUGAGAAACGAAGUGGCGCUCGUGACGGGGGCAGCGCAGGGGCUGGGGAGGGGCUUCUCAGAGGCCCUGCUGAGAAGGGGGGCGAAGGUGUGUGUGGCGGAUAUCAAAGUCCAAACAGGCGAGGCAACUGUGUUGAACUUCCAGCAACAGUUCGGGAGAGACCGAGUGUUCUUCGUGAAAUGCGACGUCACAAGUGAAGAGGACGUAAAAGCGGCCGUGCAGGCGACGCGGGGUCGGUUCGGUAAACUGACCAUCAUGGUCAACAACGCCGGCAUGUCCAGCGAGGCGGAGUGGAGCAAGAUGGUGGAUGUCAAUUUGAAAGGAGUGAUCGUAGGGACGCAGGAGGCGGUGGCGGCCAUGAGGCGAGACGCGGGGGGACAGGGGGGCGUGGUCGUCAACAUCGCCUCAGCUGCAGGCCUCAUCCCGGUGCACACAACCCCUGUGUACGCUGCCACUAAGUUCGGCGUCGUGGGAUUCACAAGGAGCUGGGCUGCCAACCCGCAUCUCCCAUCUCUCGGCCUCAGCUUCUCGUGUAUCUGUCCAACCUUCACGGACACCGACAUGAUCGUCCAUGACGACUCCCGCAAAGGCCGAUGUCUGUACUCGGAGGAUUCCCAGCGAGUCAUGGCGGAAGUGGGGGUGAUGCCGGUCAGUCAGGUGGUGAGUGCAUUUGAACAACUCCUGGACAGCCCCGACAACAAUGGCGUCGUCAUGGCCGUCACCAACAUUAAAGGCGUGCGCAUCAGAAGACAUGGCCGACCGAGCAGGCUCUGAGUUGGUGGGGAAAACUGGGAACCAGUCCGACCGUGCGGCCACACAAAUUCCCGUGAUGAUGAUGACGAUGAUGAUGAUUAUGAUGAUGAUGAUGAUUAUGACGAUGAUGACGAUGAUGCAGAUGCUGAUGCUGAUGAUUAUCAUGACUGUACUCAAACUUAAACAGAAAAUAAAGAAACAGAUCUCAUGCUA